AUGACAAGACCAGGUUCAACACCGCCUCUGGACCCGCGACCUAACAUCCGCUUCAAGCCCAAGAAGCACGAACCACAAGCCGAAAAGCUAGAGCUCACGCAGAAGAUGUUGGAUCUCUGUGUAAAGAACUCUACAGACUCGCCGCUUCUACGCCUACCGAUCGGCAUCCGCAAGCGCAUCUACGAGUAUGUGUUCAGUACGGGUGAGACCAUCGAACUGCUCCCAUGGGACUCCACACUCAUGCAAAGGCUUUUCGUCGAGCCUGAAGAAGACAAGAAGACUGGAACUGAAGAAGCCAUGGGCGCUGACAUCGGCGACAACGACAUGCUCGUUCCAAGCAGCCCUCUCAUUAAUAAGGAGACCAAGAGGCGAAACAUACUAACCAAGGUAGCCUCUCUCAAAGCCAACACCAGUAUGACGAUCAGAGCCGCCAAAUUCACACCCGAGGUGCUCUUAGAAGCACCACGCCGCUCUGGGGGCGUUCCAAAUUCCGAUGCAUCGAAAGUUUUGUACUCAGUCUCGACGUACAGCUUCUCUGAACAUUCAAAGAAAUCUGAAAUCCGUAUUCUGGACGCUGCAACCCAGCAAACUAGUCUCGUGACGGACGAUGCAUCCUUCAGCGAGCCUACAUGGCUUGAUGAUGAGACCAUAUUACUGCUGAAGUCGAAUGAAGAUGGUACUACAAACAUAGUCGUUGGAUCUCCAUACAACUUUGAGAAGAGCAAACAUACUGCUGGUACAAUUGAAGGGCCUGUGAACGACUCUAAGAUCUAUGCUCUCGGAAACGGCGUUUUCGGUCUUGCUGUAGUCGGCAAGGCGAAGCCAGAUGGCACACUCUUUAACCCAGAGAGGGCCGAGAAGCCACUUUCAUCGGGAAAGCUAUACAAGUCCGGGUUCGUCCGUCAUUGGGACCACUACGUGACGGAGAACCGGAACGCGAUAUGGCUUGGCAAACUCCUUCAGAAGAAAUCUGAAAAGUCCCACGUUGUCGAGCUUGGACAUCCUCUAACGAAUGCACUGAAGGGCACGAAAUUGGAGUCACCCAUCGAACCCUUUGGUGGAAAAGACCACUUUGACAUAUCGAAAUACGGUCUUGUCUUCACAUCAAAGGAUCCUGAUCUGAAUCCUGCGACGCAUACGAAGACUAACAUCUACGUUUCCGCGUCUGACAGCUUCUGGGAUGACCUCCACACGAAAGAUAUGCCAGAAAUUCAAAAGGCAUCUAUUGAGGGCUUCGAAGGUGCCAGCACAUCUCCGGUCUGGUCGAACUCACGCGGCAUGAUUGCUUUUCUUUCCAUGAAGACCGAUGGGUACGAGUCCGACAAGAACCAGCCAUUUAUCAUCCACGAUUACAAGAAGCCCUCGCAGGUCACCCUGCUCUAUGGUUCCGAUGACGGUAAAGGCAAAUGGGACCGAAGCCCACAAUCGAUAUCCUGGAGUCCCGACGACUGGCGCCUUUACUUCACUGCGGAGUCUCAUGGCCGUGGAAACCUGUAUAGCGCCGGACCUCCUAAACCUGGAGGAGAAAAGGAGCCCUUGCCAUCGCUACUCGUAAAAGGUGGGACUAUUGGUGGGGCUAAAGUUCUCAAGAAUGGCGAUAUCUUCGUGACUUCGACCAGCUUAAUCGAGAACUCCCUGUACUCCCUUGUCCCUCUCAGCACUCAAAGCAGCGACACAGCUGUCUACGAACUUCCUAUCGAUGAUAGGCCAUAUAACUCAGAUCCCGACCAUCUAACGACCAAGUACAUCUCUUCGAACACGCGUUCUGGUUCUAUGUUUGGCCUGUCGCGCCAUCAGAUCAAUGAAAUCCACUGGGAUGGUGCUGCAUCCGGUACCAAGGUUCAUGCUUGGGUUGUAAAGCCCAGCAACUUCUCAUCCAAGAAAACCUAUCCACUCGCUUACCUUGUUCACGGCGGACCGCAGGGUGCAUGGACUGAUGGAUGGAGUACGCGGUGGAACCCGGCCGUAUUUGCAGAGCAAGGCUACGUUGUCAUUUGCCCGAACCCUACUGGAAGCACAUCUUACGGCCAAGCCUUCACAGAUGCUAUCCAGGGCCAAUGGGGUGGUCUGCCAUACGAGGACCUUGUGCUUGGCUUCGACUACAUCAAACAGAACAUCAGCUACGUCGACACGAAGCGUGCCGUCGCUCUUGGUGCGUCCUAUGGCGGAUACAUGAUGAACUGGAUCCAAGGACACCCUCUCGGUCGCGAGUUUAAAGCACUGGUAACCCACGAUGGCGUCUUCAGCAUGUCCGGCCAGAUGGCAUCUGAAGAGUUGUACUUCCCCUUCCACGAUAUUAAAGGCACUCUCUGGAGCAACCCUGAAAACUGGGCCAAGUGGGACCCAUCUAGGUUUACUGAGAAUUGGGCCACGCCUCAGCUGGUCAUUCACAGCGAGUUGGAUUACAGGCUCACGAUUAGUGAGGGCUUGGCGGCAUUUAACGUGCUGCAGUGCAGAGGAGUAGAAAGUCAGUUCUUGACGUUUCCAGAUGAGAACCAUUGGGUGCUGAAGCCUGAAAAUGGUCUCAUGUGGCAUAAGGUUGUGUUAGACUGGAUCAAUGAGCAUGUGGGAUUGGAUAAGUACACGGAGGCUCAGAAGGCGACGAAGACGGAGUAG